AGUUUUUUUACUCCAAAAUACGGUUGUUGUACGGUUUUGCGGAAAAUACGCAGUACAAAUACAAAUUCCACAUGGAAAGCGUAGAGAAUGUAAACAGAAUAAAUGGCAGAUAAAAUCGAUUUACAAUCUUCUGAGAAGAUAGUUUAUGUGCAAGAAGAUGUAUUUGUACACACUACACAAGGCACUUCCACAUUUUAUGAUAAUAUUGUUAGAGGGAAAUUGACAAUUGUUGUAAAGCAAGAGUUUACUUAUGUUAUUUGGAAGCCAAUCUCAGAUUUAUCUGUUAUGAUUGAUUAUAAUGAUCCUGUUGAAUAUGGCGUUAUUACAACCAAAGAAACAGAAUUGGGUGUAAAACCACAAGUUAGUUUGAAUCAAAUACAGUUUGAUGUCAAAGAUAUUCAUUCAAUGCGAAGGUCUGAUCCUAGAUUAGCAUGGUCAUAUGUUGUUUUUAUUCUUAAAGAUAAAACUACACACCCAGCACUCCAUUUUCACAAUGGUGGUAUAAAUGAAAUGAUUUCAUGUUUGCAGAGAUUUAUAUGGCUUAUGAGAUCAUCUGUGAAUCAUAAACUUUAUAUUGUUCAACAAAGAGAAGCUAUUAUGCAGAGUAAUAUCAAUCAAUUAGAACUUUUUUCAGAUAAUCCAAGUGAUCUUGUGUCUAAGUUUAUUAAUAACACAUAUUAUGGAACACUCAGUGGGUUUUCCAAAGUCACUCAGUAUGUUCUUGGAACAAUUGGUCAUAAUGAUUUAUUUGAGAGAAGACCACAAAAUAAUGAUGAACAAAAUUUGGAAAAUGGAGAGGAGUAUGAAUUUUUGCAAACUGAUGAGCCGGAUUUGCUAGGUCCUAUAAUACCAGCAGCACGAGAAAUGUGUUUAGACCUAGAAAGCUGGUGUGCUUAUAUGGAAGAUGAUGGAAAAAUUAGUAAUGUUAGCAAACUGAAGGAAAAGAUAUUUCACGGUGGCAUUCAUCAAGAUAUUAAACGUGAAGUAUGGAAGUUUUUGUUGGGAUUUUAUCCUUUUGAUUCAACUUAUGUUGAGCGCAAUGAAAUUACUGCUGAGAAAACUAAACUUUAUAAUACAAUGAUGAUGCAAUGGAAAACGAUUACGCCUGCACAAGAAAAACGUUUUUCUGAAUUUAGUCAAAAAAAAAAUUUAGUUGAGAAAGAUGCAGUAAGAACAGACAGAAAAUUAAAGUUUUUUGCUGGAGAAGAAAAUGUUAAAAAACUGUUCAAUAUUCUCAUGACAUACUGUAUGUACAAUUUUGACUUGGGCUAUGUACAAGGAAUGAGUGAUUUACUUUCUCCUAUCCUUCAACUCAUGGAAGAUGAGGUUGAUUCAUUUUGGUGCUUUGUUGGUUUGAUGGAAAUUGAACAAGCUAAUUUUGAAAUGACACAAGUUUUAAUGAAAACCCAGCUUGAAAAACUUGCAAGUUUAAUAGAGUAUUUGUACCCAAACUUUUUUAGUUAUUUAAAAUGCCAUGAUUCAGAUAACUUGUACUUUUGUUUUCGCUGGAUUCUUAUCACCUUUAAGAGAGAUUUCAACAACAAUGAUCUAAUGGUUUUGUGGGAGGCAUUGUGGUGUCAGUCAAUUACUCCUCACUUUAAGUUGUUUAUUUGUUUGGCAAUUCUUGAGCGAGAAAAAGAUAUAAUGAUGAAAAAUAAUUACAAUUUCAACGAAAUAUUAAGGCAUAUUAACGAUUUGGCUUAUAAAAUCGAUUUGGAGUAUAUACUUUCAAGAGCUGAGUCUAUAUGUUUACAAAUGCAGAAAACAGAAGAUCUACCUGAAAAUCUGCGACAACUUUGUUCUUUUACAGAAAAAGACACUUUGAGCAAAAAUUUAAUUGAAAAUAACGAUCAGGAUUUUUCCUCCUCAGUUUUUGGUACUGAAAAAAUAAAAGAUGGAGCUAAAAAUGAAGAAGUUGUUAAGUUACUUAACGUCACAAAUGUUGUAUUUUAAAUCUUUUUUAAAAUUUUAUUUUGUCAUCUUGA